AAUUUCCACUCCCACUUUAUAUAGCCCAAAUUCCAAACGCCCCGAAAAGCCUACGCGUCCACUACAACCUCCGUCACAAUAGUGGUGUUUGCCAAAUGAGUCAGUGAUUGUUGUAGAGUUGUAAGUCGGUCCAAAUGUCCAUGUCUCGUAUGCUUCCACUUCGGCUAAUUUCUCUCUCCAAAACUCAUAAUCAAUUUGCACCUCUGUUUCAAUUCCUUUCGAUAUCUAAUGGAUGCUCAAGCUCCCCAAUCAACGGAAAAUUACAGAACCAUGUGGAACUGUUGAAAUCUAGAAAGAGCCAUCAUGAAUUUAGAACCUUCUGUACUGCCCCAGACCUGGCAUCGAAGAAAUGUGUGCCUUGUAACUCGGAGGAUAUACGACCUAUGAAUGAAGAGUUAGCAAAUCAAUUAAUUACCAAGGUUCCUGAUUGGAAUCUGAGCGAUGAAGGAGAUAAAAUGAAGCUGGUAAGAUCUUGGAAGGUGAAGACUUUUACUAAAGGACUGGAAUUCUUUCAGGCUAUUGCUAAUGUUGCUGAAGCGGAAGGUCACCAUCCAGAUCUGCAUCUUGUGGGUUGGAACAAUGUGACAGUUGAAAUUUGGACACAUUCUGUCGGAGGGCUUACAGAAAACGACUUCAUACUUGCUGCAAAGAUCGACACUCUUAACCUUGCACACCUUCUAAGGAUUAAGCCUAAGUAAAUGCUGGUCACCGCCUUUAAUUCCUUAAUAAAUUUGAGAAAGCAUGGCCAUCUGGUUAGCUAGUAAGAUGUAUGCUCUAUUUUUCUGUAGAAAACACCAGUUGAAAGUUCACAAAGAUAUGUGCCUUUAUAAAUGAUGAACAAUUUACCUUCCUUGCAACCUCAAUACGAUUUUGAUAUACCAGAUUACCAGGUACUAAACCUAUCAUUUUGUUUUUAACUUUUUAUAGACCCUUCUAAAAAAAUUUGAAUGUAAAAAUUUCAUAUGAUUUUGUUGUACAAUUUAGCUCGUUACUGGAAGAGUUCAUGAAUUUGAUAUUCCACAAAUUAAAUCCA